AUGGCCACAGAUACGGAUCUGAUCCCGGUCAGGAUCUCUUCCGUCACAAGACGGCGUCGUGACACGCGAGAGCCUCGCGAUCGAGAUAUUCGUGUCUGUUUCAGGAUCGUAUGGAUCGGGAUACACUGCCUGAUAAUAAGCAGCCUGCUAUACAUCGUUUAUUCCUCUUACCACGCGUUCGUGACGACGCCGAUAUUAACCUCCGUGGACUCGGAUAGUUACUACACGACGAGAUUAAAUUUCCCAGGGAUCGCCAUCUGUUCCAUCAACCGGAUAAGUCGCAAAUCCGCGGUCGCAAUGGCAACCAGAAUUUUUCACGCAAACGUCACGAAUCUGUCGGUCGACGAAAUCCUCGCCUUGCUUCGCCAAUUGGGCAAUCAGUACACGUCCGAGUUCCAAAUGGACAAAAAUCGCAACGAAGAGGUCCAUCAACUUUUAAUGACCUAUUACAAGGAGGAUUACGAUAUGAUCGACAUAAUGAAAACUCUGUCGCCGCAGUGCUCGACUAUGCUACUGAAAUGCAAGCUCCACGGUAGUAUCCGAAACUGCUCGACGCUUUUCGCGUUCCGCAAGACGCAGGACGGAUUCUGCUGCAUCUUCAAUUACGCGCGCGAAGAAGACGACAUUCCCGUAAUAAAAGACGGGUCGGUACCAAUUGAAGUAUAUAAGAUAUAUGAUCUUGGGAUAGAUCGCGGUCUAACGGUCUUCAUAGAGCCAUUUUUGGAUGACUAUUUCUACCCAAUGCUGCCUAUUGCAGGUUGGAAGGUGAUCAUUUUCGAUCCUCACGACUUUCCGGAUGUGACCAGCGGAGGCGUAAAGGAAAUACUCGCUAUUCCGCGCAGCGAAACUUACAUAGACAUAAUUGCAUCGUCCUUCUUCAGCACGCGAGCAAUCGAAGGCUACCCCAUAAAGAAGCGCAAAUGUAUCUUUUCGAAGGAGAUCCGAACGCUGUACGCCGGCACAUCUUAUACUUACAGCGACUGCAUCGUCGACUGCAAGAUACACGACGUCCAGAAAAUCUGCGGAUGCAGACCGUUCUUUUAUCCACGCCGAGGCAAACACGAAUAUUCAUUUCGUAUAUGCAACAACAUGGACUUGGAAUGCUUGGCGCGGUACAAGAGUAAAUGGUGGUCAGUUUAUCCUAAUGAAGACAAGCAGGAAGAGGUUGAAACCUCGAAAAAAGAAUGGGGCCUGCACUGUCACAAUUGCUAUCCCGUCUGCGAGGAUAUCUCGUAUGACGCACUGAGCUCAAAAAGUUACAUGUCUCCUGGUCGGUACCAAACUGACUUUUUAUGGAACGUCACCAUCGAGAAUCAAGCGCUGUUGCAUAUAUAUUUCUCGAGAUACGGCUCGCUCAGAUUGAGACAGGAUGUAGUUUAUUACUGGUACGAACUCAUGAGCGAUAUCGGCGGUAUAUGUGGCGUCUUCAUCGGCUUCAGUCUCAUCAGUGUUGUGGAAUUUCUGUACUUCGUCGCGCUCGUCUUUCGCGAGAUGCUUUGCAAGGGAUGGGUGAUAAAGGACGAGGACCACGAGCGAAAGUCUCAAAGCCAGCCGAUACGAACGAUUUAUUGGAGCGAAUUGCUGCCGCGAUCCUGGCAGGCGGCACCUUACUAUCCAGAUUAUAUCCUGAAAAAAAGAACCAGAUACUAAUCAAGUUAACAGUCGUUCUCGGAUACGCCGUAUCUGGAAUACUCGUCUCGUUUCCGCUCUGCGUAAUCCCAACAUGGCCAUUCAACCGAAGAACAUCUCUCCGAAUUAAUACAAAAAUUGGACCCGUAAUUAACGAAUCGGGACGCACGAUGGUACGAUUACAUUUAGAGUUACGGGUCGUGUGCAGAUCUCUACUUUAUGCGCUCAUAUUCAUUUGUAUAUAUAUAUAAUGUAAAUUAAAUGCAUAUAUUAAUAUAUUAUGCUAUUUAUAUAACUACUGUCGCGUAAUGUGUAUAGAUAUCAUCUACCCGUAAAUAAUCCACCCGUAAUAAUUAAAACGAGAUUAAAGUUUCGGUUAAGCACAUUGCGUGGUAAUAUGUAUAAUAUUUAUAAUA